AUGCUGGGACCCUUACAUUACACACACGAGCAGUUAUGGUUUACUAUACAGGCUGAAUUUUGCUUUCCAAAGACAUCAGAAAACAGAGAUAGAAACCCCACGUUCCUGCUCGUGAGCUGUGAGCACCCCGUGCUGCACUUACAUGUGUGGAGGAGCAUGCGAGAUGAGGGCCGCUGCCGAGGCAUCCUGGCCGCGCUGGUCGUCCUGGCUGGGCUGGCAGUUUGUGGAUCCAGCAAUGAAAUCAUAGAGGGUCCCAAGAAUGUCACGGUGCUGAAGGGCUCGGAGGCUCGCUUCAACUGCACCAUCUCGCAGGGCUGGAAGCUCAUCAUGUGGGCUCUGAAAGGCACGGUGGUUCUGAGCAUCACGCCCAUGGAGCCCAUCAUCACCAACGACCGCUUCACCGCCAUGAGUUAUGAAGAGGGCAGUAACUUCAUCUCUGAGAUGAUAAUCCACGACGUACAACUCAGUGAUGCAGGGCAAAUCAAAUGCAGCCUCCAGAACAGUGACCGGGACGGAUCUGCCUUUCUUUCUGUCCAAGUUAUGGGGCGGUUGUUCAUUCCUGAAGGCAGUCUAGUAGUCAUGGAGGAUAAGCCUUGUAAUGUGACUUGCCGCGCAUUGGGCUGGACCCCACUCCCACGUCUUUCCUGGGAGAUUGGGAUUCCAGUGAGCCAUUCGAGCUAUUACUCCAUCCGGGAGCCUGAGGACCUUCAAAGUGCAGUGAGCGUUCUGGCUCUGACGCCGCAGGGCAAUGGCACUGUGACGUGUGUGGCUGAGAUGAAGCGGCUGCACGUCCACGAGUCUGUAACUGUAAAUCUUACUGUGGUUCAGCCUCCCUUGGACAGUAUUGAUAAACCAGGUACAUCAUUGCCUGCCUGGGCCAUAGUUCUACUUGCAGUAUCAUUGUCAUUGUUUUUGAUCCUGAUCAUUGUUCUGAUUAUAAUGUUCUGCUGCUGUGUCUCCAGGAGAGGGAAAGAAGAAUCUAGCUAUCAAAGUGAAAUAAGGAAAUCUGCAAAUAUGAAGACAAACAAAGACACUUCUGGGACAAAGUUAAAAAGCGGGAAUGAAAACUAUGGCUACAGUUCAGAUGACCCGAGGACCACAAAGACUGCUUCUCUCCCUGCAAAGUCCUCUGAACCCAGCGUCCCAGAACAACGUGUCAGCAGGCAACCGCACCAGGGAUCUGAUCAGCACCAGCUGGGCCCAGCAAGUCGCCCACAGGUUUCCUUUAACGUGGCCAGUCCUAAGAAGGUCAGGAAUGUGACUUUGGUAUAG